CCAUUGUCGAAAACGAAUUUGUUUCAAGUUUGAUGAAUUUACAUUUUUCGUGGUCGUUUUCGCCAGCAUACUAAGUUUUCUUCUUAAAGCUGCAGUGUUCAUCAUUGUUUUAACAAGAAUUUACCCUUGAAGUGUUGCGAAAGUGUAUGUUUUUGUGGAAUAAAUGCGCCCAAAAUGUCACGCGAAGCGAGCAUCAGAUUUGUGAACACCAUACCACACUGGAAAUAAACUUGAUUCUCAACGGAAUAAGUGACAGUGGACAGUGAGAACGUGUAUUUCUAGAAUCUAGAAACUUGUGGUAUGCAGUGGAAAGUGUUUUCAGUGGCAUGCGCUCUUGAAAAUAUUUCUGAAGUUUAUGUACACGUCGUAAGACAGCACAGUUACGCGGGCGAAGGCUUGGAAGUUGCCGGCAUCGUUAUGGUGGACUGAGAGGAGUGCGCGAGGCAGUUGAGCACGCGUUGUGUGUAGCGCCGCGAGCGGCCCGUGCACGAUGUCCGGCGGCUCGCAGCACAAUCCGAACGGGCGGCAGGCGCAACUGGGUCCCGGAUGGAGCCCCUUGCAGUUGCAGGUUGCAAAUUUCCUGGCGCGCGCGCCGCAAGCGCACAUGGCGUCCGAGCGGGGGGUCACGUGGCAUACGCCAACCCCCCCGCCGCACCUCUAUCACGUCCCCGCGCCGUCGCCGCCAGAUCCCUUACAGGGUCUCUUGCAAUUGCAGGCGAUGAAGGGCGCAAACUCGGUGUUCCGUCACACUGCCACGCCCCCAGAACUUUACAGGCACACACCUACGCCGCCAGAUAAACAUUUACUCAGACACACGCCUUCCCCGGGCGACGUGAAAGCCAGCACAGCGCUGCCUCCAGCGGAGUUGUACCCACAUUUGGGACCAGGCAGAGAGAAAAUGCGCCCUGAGGAGCUACUGGCAUACGCCCGCGGUGCGGCGACGGGUGCAGUUGCAGCGGGUGCGGGCGUGGACCUGUCGACGGGCGCACGCGGCUCAGCCAAUGGAGCGCCGGCGCACUCCCCCCACCCACCUCACCCCUCACCUGCGCUGUCCGUGCGAGACGCGCCCACUAUCAACAGCCUCAUCGCGCGUGCGCAGCCCAGACACGGCGUCGGUCGCGUGGAUGCCCUACUGGAGCGGCUGGUCCCGUCUCCUGCAUCCCCUCACUCGGUGAUAGUGCUGCCCCGCGCCGCGCCAACGCCGCCUACGCCCCCCGCCGGGCCCACUCCUUCACCGCCUUCGUCGAACGAGGAUUCAGCAGACUCGUGUGGUGCACCUCCCGGGUCAAAACGGAAACGGAAACCAGAUCGUACGAUCCGCGUGAGCGCGCCUCUAUCGCGUGCGCCCAGUUCGCCCGUGCCCCCCGCACUCCCCUGCAUGCCCUUGCCCCCUCCCGCCGCACGCCUCUCCCCGCCGAAGGAGGAACCCCCCGUGGAGAACGGUGUGCCUGCGCACGAAAAGAUAAACGGCUCCGAGCCAAAAACAAAGGAGAACCCACACGGAGCGCCGAACCCUCCCAACCCGCCGGACCCUCCUCGAAACACCCCCCCUCAGCCGACGUCCCCCCCACCCCUGGAGCCGCACGCGCGGAGAAAAACGCGCGCGAACUCGGCAGAGACAAUCGACGAUAUCGCGGCGAUGGUGGCUGCGCCUGCGCCGCGCGCCGAGCCGCUCGUCGACUCCGACGACGCCCCCGACUCGAUCGACAAACUUGAGAGCGUGCUGGCCAGUCCGCAUCGCGAUGAUAAAGCCACCGUUGAGCCGGAUGUCAGUAAAUCGCCGCACAAGUCUGAUGACCGAGACGAAGAGAAACCCGCGGAGCCACAGGUGGAGGUGGCCGCCGCGCCCAAGCGGAGAAGUGCACGUACCUCCAACGCGGAGGCCAACGUCCCUGUGGAGUCGCCCUCCGAGGCCAAACCGGCGGAAGGCGAAGCGGGCGAAGCUCGUACGGCCGAACCCACGGCCGCGAGCUUCGUAGAAGUGGAGAACCAGCUGGAGAAGAUGUUCGCUGGCAUUGAGGAAGAACCAGCCGCCGCCGGCUCGGAGGGCGAUAAAGCUGCUGAACCUAGGAAGCGGCGUAGGUCCGCGCCGGCCAAGGGAGAGGCGAAGGCCGGCCGGCGCAAGAGCCGCGCCGCCACCAACGACGAGCGGCGCAAGGGCACACGCAACAAGAGCCAAGCCAAGCGCAAACCUAAAGAGGCCAAGGACGCCUACGACUCGGGCAGCAACGCCAGCUCCAGCAGGUCGAGGGGCCCCUAUAUCCAGAUCCGCGGGCCGCGCGACUCGCCGCUGUCGGUGUCGGUGAUCAACGCGUCGACGGGCGAGGAGGAGGGCGAGAGCGUGCGCGCGCGCAAGGGCGAGUUCCGCAACGGGCUGCGCGCGCGCGGGCUGCACGCCAGCACGCUGGGGCUGCGCUACGACGCGACCACGCCCGACGCCACGUGGCUGUGCGCCUUCUGCGGGCGCGGGCCGCACGCCAAGGGGCUGGGCGACCUGUUCGGGCCCUACGCGGCCGACACGGACUGCGAGGAGUACCGCGCGCUGGACGAGGCGGCGCGGCGCCAGUCGGCCGAGGCGUGGUUCCACGAGGCGUGCGGCGUGUGGGCGCCGGGGCUGCUGGCCAGCGGCGCGCGCGUGUGGGGGCUGGCGGCGGCCGUGUGGGGCGCGCGCGGCGCCAGCUGCUCGCUGUGCGCGCGCGCCGGCGCGCAGGUGGCGUGCGCGACGCGCGGCUGCCGCCUCAAGGUGCACGUGCCCUGCGCCGCCGGCUGGCGCCUGCAGGAGGACGACUUCCGCGCCUUCUGCCCGCGGCACGCCUAG